UUCCUGCGUCAUAUGACGUGACCUCUGACAUUGUUCGUUUAGCGUUGCCGUUGAAAGAAGUUUAAAUUUCAAUUUCUAAGAUGCUAUAUCAAAAGGAUUAUCUUGGAAGGUUUAAUGAACUCCAUAAGCAUCCUGCUACGCAACUUACAGGUUUGUCAACUAAGAAUUUAUCAAAAUAAUUUUGUUUAAAAAUACAUUAACGAACGAGUGUCCAACAAACUUUGAUUAAUAAUAAAAACAAUAUAGUUGGAAUAAUGGAGCUUAAAAGACGUAUUUUUUUAUCAUAGUAAUUGACUUGUGUAAUAGAUAUUGAGAAUUUUUGGAAUGAGAAAACCUUUCUCUAGGACAGAAAAACUGAGGAAGCCUGCCUCGAUUUAUUACAAUGAAAAACCAAAUGACGUCCAUGUAUUUAAAAUACUUAAUUGUAUUUACAGUGGCGAUGCGUGUAUGUAUUUCGGAAGGAAAUUGCCCCAAAAAAUUUUGGCACAAAGAAGAGCACACUGCAUGUCUUGAAAAGUCGCCUAAGUUAAUGGAAUCAAUGUUUGUGAGUGAAAAUGAUAAAAAUGCCAUAGUCAACAUGCAUAAUGCUUAUCGAAGUAGUGUUAAACCUCCGGCCUGUAAUAUGUUUAAAAUGUACUGGGAUAAUGAACUGGCCUACAUUGCACAGAAAUGGGCCGAUAAUUGUGAAUAUAAACAUGAUGAGAGUUCUAGAAGAAGUAUACCUCUAAAGUAUAGCGUAGGUCAAAAUAUUGCCGCAGGAUUCCCGAACUGGGAAAACGUCAUCUAUGCCUGGCAUUCUGAAGGGAAAAAUUAUAAAUUUGGUGACAAAAGAAUGAAAAACAGCGGGCAUUACACGCAGAUAGUGUGGUCGACAUCCCUUUUAAUUGGCUGCGGAGCGUCACGUUGUUCGUUUAUAGGCAUGCUGUAUGUUUGUAAUUACGCUCCUGCGGGAAAUACAUACGGUCAAGACCCAUACCGACGCUGUCGAACUCAGCGACCUUUGAACGAUUGUGGUAAUAGCCCUUGUUAUAAUUUCGGUACACUGAACAGACUUGACUGCUCCUGCCAUUGUUUAAAUUAUCAUCAAAUACAUGGACCCCGUUGUAUGAUAAACUGUUCCUAUUCUGACCCAAUUUUUCCGUGCCGUUUAAGAACUCAUGAUUCGUGUAAAUAUACAAAUGUACGCCCUACUUGUCCUUGGCUAUGCGAAGAAUGUAAUGGCGGAUUUUUGUCUCGAAGGACAAACCUGGUUCUUCUUUGUGCUGCGCAUAUUUUAAGGAUCAUCACGUACUCUGAUUAUCAUUAAUCGUUAUCUCGAGUCAAUUUCGAACAUUUGGACCAACAAUUCAGCUCCUACACGUUACUUUUCGCAUUUCACAUACCAUCGCAUAUU